UGUUGCCUAGGUAACCGGCGUGUGGUGUACCGGCUGCAGGAGGGGGAGGGGCUUCCUGAUGGGAUGGCAGUGGACGCUGACGGCCGUCUCUGGGUUGCGUGUUACAACGGAGGACGAGUCAUCAACAUCGACCCCGCGACGGGUGUGUGUUUGCGCAGCGUUUCUCUUCCUGUGAUGAAAACUACUUCCUGUUGUUUUGGUGGUCCAAGAUACACUGACCUCUACGUGACCUCCGCCAGUCUGGGCCUCGACCAAUCAGAGCGCAGAGAGCAGCCGCUGGCCGGACACACCUUCAGGGUAACAGGACUUGGGGUUAAAGGUCGUCCUUCUAACUCGUUCUCUGGAUGAUCUUCAAACAGCCAAUCACAGUGCAGAUCACUGGAUCUUCUAAAUAACCCAGCCAAUCACAGCACAGAUCACUGGACCCUCUAAAUAACCUAAAUGGUGAAGUGACAGCAAAUCAGAAACUAGCAAAGCCAAUGUUAAUGUUAGCAAGCAUGUUAGUUAGCAGCAAUUGGCCUGUGGAUAUGUUAAUGUUAGCUAGCAUGUUAGUUAGCAGUAAUUAGCCCGUGUCUAUGUUAAUGUUAACUAGAAUUUUUGUUAGCAGUAAUUAGCCUGUGCCUAAGUUAAUGUUAACUAACAUGUUAGUUGGCAGUAAUUAGCCUGUGUCUAUGUUAAUGUUAAUUAGAAUGUUAGUUAGCAAUAAUUAGCCUGGGCCUAUGUUAACAUUAACUAACUUGUUAGUUUGCAGUAAUUAGCCUGUGUCUAUGUUAAUGUUAACUAGCAUCUUAGUUUGCAGUAAUUAGCCUGUGUCUAUGUUAAUGUUAACUAGCAUGUUAGUUAGCAGUAAUUAGCCUGUGCCUAUUAUUGACAUUAAUUAUAAAAUGCAAAUGAGCUAUCCACGAAUUGAAUACACCCAGAUAAAGGAUUAAUGUUUCCUUUCCU